ACUUCCGCUCGAGCGCGCCUCGCGCUGUGCGCGCGCGGACCCAAGCAAGGAUCGGGUGCGCGGCCGGGGAGACACCGCCGUCUCCUCAAAUCAGCCGGGCCUCAAGCCGCCGCCGCCGCCGAUACCCUGCCCAGGCCUGCGGCGCGCCACCCUCACCUCCUUCAUUCCUACCGUCCACGCCAGCCUUGGCGACCUGACCCGCUUGUGGUCUCGAACUCGGUUAGUCCGGUGAAGGCACAGAGAAGCCUGGGUUCCCGGCGGCAUCACUGAGAUGCUCAGUCCUGAAUUCUGCCCUCCAUUAGGACUAUCUGCUUUGUGGGAUAAUUUCCUCAUUGGUUGAGUCAGUGAGUUGCGUGUCUGCAGAGAGCAUCCUAUCUGGUGGGAGCAGAGCAUGGACAUGGGAACGAGUGCUCUCUGCAAGAAGCCGUGGUGGACCUUGCCUGAAAACUUUUGUGCUCCAAUGAUGUUCUACAUGGAAGAGGACCAGGAGGAACUUAUCUUUGGGCACAGAGACACAUACCUUAGCUGCAUCGAGAUGAACAGCCACACCCUUAUUCAGCUGGAGAGCUGGUUCACAGCUACAGGGCAGACUCGUGUGACUGUAGUGGGACCACACAGGGCCAGGCAGUGGCUGCUGCACAUGUUCUGUUGCGUGGGGAGCCAGGACUCCUAUCGUCAUGCUCGAGGCCUGGAGAUGCUGGAACGUGUCCGAAGCCAGCCCCUGACCAACGAUGACCUGCUCACCUCCAUUAGUGUGCCACCAUACACUGGAGACCUGUCCUUGGCUCCCAGAAUAAGUGGAACCGUGUGUCUUAGCGUUCCUCAGCCUUCCCCUUACCAAAUGAUUGGCUGUUCGGGAUUCCAGCUGAGUUCACUCUAUCCAUAAUUAAGGACUGAUCUCCCCUGGGAAGUGCAGAUGAGAGGAGAAGUCUUCGCUUCGCUUUUGAUGAGAAAGACAUGAAAGACACUGAAGAAAGUUUGAAUUUCUGGGUUGAGUCCUGUCCCUCUGAUGCCUUCUAGGCACGUUUCUGAGGGAAGUCUGAAUGUAAGGAAGUGUUAUAUUGGCAAAGCAAUCCAAUAAAAUAAGCUACCUAAGAUGCAAA